GCGGGGUCUUAAGCUGUCGCGUGUGCUCGGGGCUCAACUCGACCUAAGUUUGUGUUGUUGUUUUUCGGGGCAAACAACAGAAGUAGACUCAUCACUCGCUUUACUUGUUGUGUCACUUUGGCGAUUAUGGCCACGGUGUGGCAAUUUUUUUGCGUCGUGUCGGUGUUACUCGCCGUCGUUUCACAAAGAUUCUCGGCACUAGCCGGCUUCUCGCAGUCUCUGGACAGCGACUUUACGUUCACUCUGCCCGCCGGUCGGAAGGAAUGUUUCUACCAGACUAUGAAGAAAGACGCCUCGCUGGAAAUAGAAUAUCAGGUCUUGGACGGCGGAAGCUUGGACGUAGAUUUCUACAUCUCCUCUCCCUCUGGCCAGGUUCUCUACAGCGACCAUCACAAGUCAGAUGGAAUGCACACUGUGGAGACGGAGGACGGGGACUACAUGUUCUGCUUCGACAACACGUUCAGCAGCGUCUCUGAGAAGCUGGUCUUCUUCGAGCUCAUCCUGGACAACAUGGACACCGACGAAGAGCCCGACGACUGGAAGGAGUAUGUGCACGGCACCGACAUGUUGGACAUGAAGCUGGAGGACAUCAUGGAUACCAUCAAUAGCGUGAAGUCGCGUCUGGGCAAGAGCGUGCAGAUCCAGACGGUACUCCGCGCCUUCGAGGCCCGCGACCGCAACCUGCAGGAGAGCAACUUUGACCGGGUCAACUUUUGGUCGGUAGUCAACCUGAUGGUCAUGAUGCUGGUGUCGGGCGUGCAGGUCUACUUGGUCCGCUCGCUCUUUGAGGACAAGAGGAAGAUACACAUGUAACAAACUUUGUAGGGAGAGGCUUGGAGGUCCUGUUAAAAAAAAAAAAAAACAACACUGUUUGGAAUCUUCCAGAAACACAACAAAUGAGCCUCAAGUUUUUUUUUCCCCUUCAGUCUACUGGAUAUUGAAGUUGAGGCAAGUUCUAUUUGUCAACAUCAUUGCUGUAAGUUUUUAUUAUUGAGCGGACUCACUGGGCUUUUAUGGUUGGGAGGAGGCUUAGCCCGAACAUGUGUCAUACUACUUUGCGUGGAACUAAAUGUUUGAUUGAGCUGUCAAAUGUCAGCCAAACAAAUGAAUGUCAAACCUACACACACAACUUUCCUUUUAGAAGCACUGCAUUAUUUCAGAAAUGGCAUCAUGUUUAUUUCCGUCCUACACUUCCAUGCAGUGUUACGUUCAAUUGAUUUUCUUAUGGCGUAUAAUCUACUGUUAAUAGUGUUGACCUCUUUUAUUGACUGUUACAAUCAGAAAUAAAGAUUUAUAUAAACUGA